UUCAUAAAUCAAAAUGGCGGACGAAUCAUAGCAAAUUUUAGUUAAAAUCCUUUUAAUUAUUUUGUUAUCUAUUUAAAAGUUAAGCAUUAUGACUUUAGAAGCCGCAAUAAGCGUUUUAAAACGUGCAGUUCAGCUCGACGAGGACAAAAGUUUUUCCGAAGCACUAGUAUGCUAUCAAGAAGGGAUGAGUCUUUUGAUGUCGGAACUGAAGGAGACCAAGGAUGACGUGAUAAAGAAACGGUACAGAGACCAGAUGAAUGCUUAUCUGGACCGUGCAACGAAGCUGAAGGAGUUUGUUCAAGAGAAGAAAACGACUGGAGAAUACCAUGAACAAAUAAAGAUUAAAAAUGGACAAGUUGGUUAUGGUUAUGCAAAAAUAUUUGGUCCAUAUCUGGAUAAAAGUGUUACUGAAGUCGUUGUUGAAGAUGCUUAUAUCAGGAGUACUCAUCAGAUUUAUAAUUUAUUGAGAUUAUGUGAACUUUUAGUUUUGAAAGGGAGUGUACAGGUUAUUAAGCUAUUCACAGGACAAGACGACAAUGCUGAAAAACGCAGACUACAAAACGAUGGACUUCAAGAACUUGUAAAAAGUUUAAAGAAGUACAGCAUCAACCUGCAAGUGACUUAUACCAAUACAUUGCAUGAUAGAGAAAUAAGAUUUGAUAAUGGUUGGGUUAUCAAGAUUGGACGUGGAUUGGACUAUUUUAAACCUCCCAGUGGGAAAUUCUGUAUUGGUUAUUGUGAUUAUAAUCUGAGRGAAUGCCAUCAGACAGAUAUAGAUAUUUACUUUAAAAGAAAAUAAGAUAAAUCAACAAUCAUAUAAUAAGGGUCUUAGUUUCAUUACCUUUCUUUAUUUGAUACUUGAUUUAUCUUGGCUUUUACAACUGUUAGUUUGCAAAGYGAUUUAGAUCAUUUAUAUUUUUUAGGAUAAAGGGAGCUUAGUUUAAAAAUUGAAUUUUCUUGCCCCUUGUAAUUUGUAAUUUCUCACUUUAGAAACUUUGCAUAGACAUUUACGCACACACGUCCGUAAUUAUCGCUUUCACCCCAGUUUGUCAAAUCUUCUCCGUACCAGAUCCUCAUCUGCUUAUUCUUCGGAAAGUAGAAAGGAUUGGCAAACUCAGUGAAGAUGAUUUCUUUGCUAGAGGCUGUGCUUGCAAAAGGUACCCAGUACCACAUGCCUCCUUGGUUCCUGUAAAAUUUAAAAAGGAUAAGAUAUCAAUUGCUGAAAAAAUGACACUUCGAAUUUCACCUGGCAUAAUAAUCUUUGAACAAUGCUAAGUUUAAAUCAAA